AUGGCCAAGGCCGCCGCAGCUCUUCUGCCGGGUCUGCUCCCAACCCCACAGAGGAGCACAGUUGCCCCGUCCCCAUGCAUGAUCAUCCUGCCGUCUUCCUUCGCAUCCAAGUCCAAGCCCAAGCCAGGCCGUGCCGACUGCGUCGAGAGGUGGGACGCGCACAAGAAACCCAGGAGCCCAGCGUCGUCUUGCGGCAGCUCAAGUCCUGAGCGCGGAUCGUCCUGCGAGCGUUGGGACAUAGCCAAGAAGAAGAUCCCCAGCACCUGUAGCACCAGCACGUCAUCGUCGUCGUCGAGCCGGGGAAGCAGCAGCAGCAGCACAUCGUGCAAGAGGUGGGACACGCACAAGAAGGCUCGCUCCGCACAGAGCUGGACGGGCGGGCAAGAGGAGCAGGACAUCGGCGAGAAGCAGCCGGGAAUGGACCCGGCCGUGUUCUCUGGAUCGAACUUCUUCGCAUCGCCGGAGCCGAGCAUGCUUCCCGUUCCGGCCUUCUUCCGCUCGCGGGGCCAUGGCAUGAUGCCGAUGCCCGCAUACUAG